AUGGCGCUGGCAGUGGAUGACCGUGGAGGUGCUGCCCUCCCAAAUUUCAAUUUCCACAAAGGAGACGACUGUAUCGCCAAUGCCUUAGAAGAGCAUUUAACUCUUUUGGUGCGGGUGGCCGUGAGGGUGCGGCCCCUCAGCCAGAGGGAGACCAAAGAAGGAGGAAGAAUUAUUGUGGAAAUUGAUGGCAAAGUGGCAAAAAUCAGGAAUUUAAAGGUGGACAGCCGAUCAGAUGGCUUUGGCGACACCCGGGAGAAGGUUGUGGCAUUCGGCUUUGAUUACUGCUACUGGUCGGUCAACCCAGAGGACCCCCAAUAUGCAUCUCAGGAUGUGGUGUUCCAGGAUUUGGGGACUGAAGUACUGAAUGGAGCUGCCAAAGGCUAUAACAUCUGCCUUUUUGCCUAUGGACAGACAGGCUCUGGGAAGACAUACACCAUGCUGGGGACACCGGCCUCUGUCGGGCUGACGCCGCGGAUAUGUGAGGGCCUCUUCGUCAGGGAGAAAGAUUGUGCACCACCGCCUUCCUCCUGUAGGAUAAAAGUAAGUUUUCUGGAAAUCUAUAAUGAACGAGUGAGGGAUCUGUUGAAGCCAUCUGAUCAAAAAAAAUCCUAUACCCUGCGGGUCAGGGAGCACCCAGAGAUGGGGCCCUAUGUUGAAGGUUUAUCUCAACAUGUAGUUACCAACUAUAAGCAAGUAAUUCAACUCUUGGAGGAGGGAAUAGCAAACAGAAUCACAGCAGCUACCCAUGUUCAUGAGGCCAGCAGCAGAUCCCAUGCCAUCUUCACUAUCCACUACACACAGGCGGUCCUGGAGAAUAACCUUCCCUCUGAAGUCGCUAGCAAGAUCAACCUUGUGGACCUUGCAGGCAGUGAAAGAGCAGACCCCAGUUACUGUAAGGACCGGAUCACUGAAGGAGCCAAUAUCAACAAGUCUCUCGUGACUCUGGGAAUUGUCAUCUCCACCUUAGCCCAGAACUCUCAAGUAUUCAGCAACUGCCAGAGCCUUAGCAGUGUAACCAGAAAUGGCGGUGACAGUGGGAUUUCCAGCUCUUCUGGGACCAGCAUUGGAGGGGGACCUUCUCGGAGGCAGUCCUAUAUCCCAUACCGGGACUCUGUGUUGACCUGGCUGCUGAAGGACAGCCUUGGAGGCAACUCCAGAACCAUCAUGGUUGCCACUGUGUCUCCUGCACACAGUAGCUACAGUGAAACCAUGAGCACACUGAGAUAUGCAUCCAAUGCCAAGAACAUCAUCAACAAGCCACGGGUGAAUGAGGAUGCAAACGUAAAGUUGAUCAGAGAACUCAGGGAAGAGAUCAGAAGACUGAAAGCUGUGCUUCUGAGCAUCGAACUGAGAAACUGCAGUUCAUUGAGUGAGAAGGAUGGGAAUCUGAAGGAGCUGGUUCUCCAGAACGAACUGAAGAUAGACCAGCUGACUAGAGACUGGACUCAGAAGUGGAAUGAGUGGAAAGCCCUCAUGGAGCAUUACAGAGUGGACAUCAACCGAAGGAGGGCUGGGGUUGUCAUCGAGUCCAGCCUGCCACACCUGAUGGCCUUGGAGGAGGAUGUGCUCAGCACAGGUGUCGUUCUCUAUCACCUCAAGGAGGGGACAACAAAAAUAGGAAGGAUUGACUCAGAGCAGGAACAGGAUAUUGGGACCAUCCUGCAGGGUCAAUGGAUCGAGAGGGACCACUGCACUAUCACCAGCGCCUGUGGGGUUGUCGUUCUGCGGCCUGCCCAGGGGGCCCGUUGCCUAGUCAAUGGCCGGGAGGUCACUGCCUCCUGCCGUCUGACCCAAGGAGCAGUCAUAACCCUGGGGAAGGCACAGACAUUCCGAUUCAACCACCCAGCAGAGGCCGCUGUCCUUCGGCAGAGAAGGCAGGUUGGAGAAGCUGUUGGUGGUAGUGGCUCUUUGGAGUGGCUGAACUUGGAUGGAGAUGUCACUGCCUCCAGGUUGGGACUCUGCUCUCUGCUUGGGAAGAAAAGGAAAGUGCUGGGGGAGCAGAGUGACGAGGAACAGCUACCCAGGGCUGGAGAGACGCCUCAAAGGGCCGAGAUUCAACAGCAGGAUUCGAGGCAGCGAAUCCUAGCGCAGCAGAUUAGAGCCAACCAGGACCUGGAAUUCGAGCAGGCACCCAUCAGCUGGCAGAUUAAAGAAGACCAGCAGUGGCUGCUCAGAGAAGAGACCUGGCUGGCCAGCUUGCAACAGCAGCAGCAGCAGCAAGACCAUAUAGCAGAGAAAGAACUUGAGGCCUCUGUGCCCACUGAUUCUUGGCUUCAGACAUAUCCUGAGACUCAAUCGUCCUCACUGGUCAGAAGCCAGAAGAGGGCGGUGCCACUUCAGCUCCUGCGGAGACGAGCUCUUCGGGCAGCAGAGAGGAACGUGAGGCGAAAAAAGGUCUCAUUCCAGCUCGAGAGAGGCAUCAAGAAGCGGAGGCUGCUGGAGACCCAGAAGAGACUGGAGCAGCUCAAGGCAUUGUACUGGCUUCAGGAUGAGGGUUCCCAGGAGCCCCCACACCAGGUCCCCAGCCCUGAUGCCUUCCCAGGACGUCAAUGUAGAAGCAGAUCGACAAGUAGCAGCUUUUUGAGCCUCCGAGAGCUCUGCCUCCGGUACUUGCCCCAGCUACGCAGUGUUUUCCUGAAUCGGGAUCCCUCUAGCACAUUACCUCCUAUACCCGACUCUACUGAUGAGACAUCAGAGAAAACCCAAUCAGAAGAGUCUUUGUCCCAGGCUGCUUCUUAUCCUCCAAGGACAGGGAAUUUCAGCAACAAUGUCCUCUGUUCCUUGGGUGAGGGGCAGCUCUGCACUGCCAGGGCGGCCAUGGCCGGGAGGAGAGCCUGGGCCUCAGGCACCCGCUUCAGCAUGAGCUCUGUGUCUUCCAGCAACCAGGAGACGGGGAGUGGGAGUCAGCAGCCCCCCUGGGUGGUAUCCCAGAGCUUAGCCUCUCUGGGCCAACCACCUAACAUGCUGAAGCCAAGGGAUGAGCCAGAGGCCCUCACGCCUUCCACCCAGGCCAGGAGGACUAAGGGACUGUCAGACUCUGGCCACAGACCAUCAGAGUGGCAAAAAGAAGGGGACCUUGAGACCCACAAGGCUGCUGACGGAGCCAGUUGCAGUUGCCCACAUCCCCAUGGACCCAAACAGGCAGCUGGGCAUGGAAAGGCAGCCAGAACUUUUGGGAAAGAAUCCCAACCACCUUCUCCAAACAGGGCAUCGAAAGGGCAGAAGAAGGUCCUGGCAACUAAGGUCAGAGACAUUACCAAAAAGUCCUCUCAUUUGCCUCAUGGCAGCCCUUUAAAGAGGCAACAUAGUGCAGGGAGCCCAGACACCAUGGCCUCUCUCACAGAUGCCGGCCCAGUGGAGGAUCCCACAGGAGAAAAAGAUGGUGAUUUAUCAGAUGCAGAUAGCAGUUACUCAGUGGAUUCUCUCUCUCGUGUCUGUGCCAAAGCCCCGACGGAGCCACGGAAGUCAGGGAACCCCCCGAGGAGGGAAUGGCAUCUCCCAGAGCCAGAGAACACUGAAAGUGACAACAGCCAAAUAUCUGAGGACUCGCUGACCGAGAAGGGGAACCAAAGCCCACAGGACAGCCCAGGGGACAGUUAUCUUACCAAUGGCCACGGCGACCCCAGGGCCAGAGCUGGAGCAUCUGUGAGGCGCUUCACCACAUCCUCGGACAGGGGCCUGUUCGCCCAGGCUCGCAGGAGCUUUUCGCUGGAUAGCCUGAUUGACGCUGAGGAAGAACUCGGGGAAGAUCAUCAGGAAGAGCCUUUCUUCAGUUCAGCCGAUGAGAUGCCAACAGAGACGUUUUGGCGCCUGCAGACCUCCAGUCUGCCCGUCGUGAGCCAGGAGGCAAUGUGCAGGCUUGGUCCCAUCCCCCACAGAAAAGGAGCCAGGCUAGAUGCCAUCCUGCCAAUGAGCAGUUCAUUUUACCUCGAUUCCCAGCCCCUGCCCCGCUGUGCACAGCCUGAGUCGGAGGUGGAGGCGAGGUCCUCUGAACAAGCCACCACUCUGCAAAGCGUGCCGCUUUCAAGAGGGAGCCCUCUGUUGUCCAUGGAUUCCUGGUUUUCCUGUGACUCCAAGAUCAAUCCCAACAGCCCCCUGGGAAUAGUGGGUUCUUUAUGUCCAAGUCCUGAUGUCCAGGAAUUUCAGCCCAGUGGUCGGGAGAGGCCUGGAUUCUGGCCAAAGAUGGAAGAACUAAAGCCAUCGGGUACAGAAGCAGUCCUGCCCUAUACUUCCAAACUGCCCCCUGGUGGUGCGGAGCUGCCCUGCAGUGUCAGAGCUGUGUACAAUAUUCCUGCUUCUGAUACAUCCAGGUUGUCUCUCUGGGGGUCAUACAGGCUGCUUCAGUCUCGAGUUGAUGGCACCUUUCAGACCAGAGGUGUCUCUGACCCAGCCCAGCAGGGCAACUCUGAAACAUCCAACAACUCUAGUGUAUCGAGUGUGCUGCCUGCCUCUGCCACCUCAUUUACUUACGUAGGCAGCGCCUGUGAGAGGGACUGGGCUGCCCUUCAGCAAAAGUACCUCCUUGAACUAUCUCAUCCUGUGUCAGAGGCCAUAGGAGGGCCCAGGCCAGCUUUCGCCUCCCUCGAGGAAGACUCUGGUUCCCUGACCCCAGCUUCUAGCAGAGGAGGAGAUACUGUAUUGGUAGUUGGUUCUGGGCUAUCUAGCAGUUUGAAGUUCAACAACUUUCCUAUCCAUAUACCCAAAAUUAGGCAUUUGAGGGCAGAGAAAGAACAGGACAGUUUGGGUGUCGAGUUAGAAGGCACUUCAGAUUACUUUACAACUAGUGAGAAGGAGGUGAGUUGCAGUGGAAAUUAUUCAGCAGACAUAGAAUCAUUGACUUCUGGAGCUACAAAUGCACAGGUCUUUGCAGCAGAGAACAAGGUGGCAAAGUCCAUGAUGGGAGCAUGUGAAAUCAAACAGAACCACUUGGAAGAGUCCUCUCAGAGUAGCGGGAGGAAGCCUGGAACGAUGACUUCCUCUGAUGAAUGUUUCUUCCUGAAGAACCCUUGUCACAGUAAUGUCACCGUAGCCACCAACGAAGAUCCUCGGCCCCAAAGUUGUGCUCCUCUCAGGAAGAAUAGUAUAGGCCUGGCAGGGCCAGUAAAUCACAACAGCCACCUCCCCCGGCAGGAAGAGGAGGCAGACUGCCAGGAGAGCUCCCAGGAAGUGGUGGGAAGACACGCCAAUCUUUCCUUUGCCUUUCCGUCAGGCCCAGAGCUGUACCUGCACUCUGCUCCUUGGAAUUCAUGCCCGUCUUCCCUGCAGCCACCUCCCUUAGAAACAUUCUAUGUGACCAAAAGCCGGGAUGCCCUGACGGAAACGGCCUUAGAGAUUCCGGCUUGCAGAGAAGCCAGAGUGCCUUCCCCACCCCCCAGGGAGGCCUGGGGCUUUGGUCAGGACUACCAAGCCCUCCAGAAUGUUUAUUUAAAGAAUAAUUUGCCGGUGCUGUUACAAAAACAGAAUGCCAAGAUUGCCUCAUUGCAGCAGGUCACAGUGGAGAGGCCACUUGAUCUGAACACCACGGAGGUUAGUGGCGAAGUAGGGAAAUGCGCUGGAAGCCAUAAUUCAGUAUAUUUUUUUGUUGCUCAGAACAGACAUUUUCUUACAUCUGCCAGCACGAAAGUAUGUGAAUAUGAAAAUCAAUUUGGAAAUUUAAAUAAACACUGUCUUCCGGCACUUGAGGGAGAAAAGACCACGGUACAGUCCUGUUGCACCGUUUCCUCGGACAGUUCUGGGUCUGGGAAGCCACUUUUUGUUUGUGAGUCUCAAGCAAGUGGGGACGAAGGGCAGAAGCAGAACGCAGCCCUAAGACAGAGCCAGGCCUCUGGGAGGGACAGACAGUCCCCUUCGGGCGCCAGGUCUGAUCUCACCUGUAAAACUAUCAGUUUAGGUUUUGACAAGGACAUGCUGGGGGGCACUGCUCUUUCUUUGAAGUCUAGAUCAGCAUAUCAUAGAGUAAGGAGCCCAGAGACAAUGGCCCAGGAUGGGAGUCCAACCCACAGAGGGGAAUGGAAGAAUGAAACUGGGCUUCCUCGAAAAUCUCUCCAACCCGAAGACAGCUCAGAAGAGUUUAAGCAGCCAUGGACAGAAUCUACACAAGAAAGGUUCCAGUCAGUUAUAUACUCUCAGGAAAGAAACCUCACUGAACACAGGGGCCCUGGAAAGUUGCAAGAAGUGUUAAAUCCCAAAGAACCACCUUCUGGAAAGAAACAGAAUAAAAGAGUUAAUAAUGCUGACGAAAUGGCUAGGCUAAUUAAGAGUGUCAUGCAGCUAGAAAAUGGUAUCUUGGAAAUCGAAUCCAAGCAGAAUAAGCAGCUGUAUGCUUCCCAUACGCUGGGAGUCAGUCAUGAGUUUGUGUUCCAGGACAAGGAGAUGGCUGAUCGUGUUGGUAAGCCAGGCAGCUCUAGAAACCACCUGUCUUCUCCAGAAUACACAGAUGAUACUGAUUUUAGGGAUGGUGACGCUGGAGAAAUGGAGACUAGCAGUAGCACUUGGGAAGAUCCCCAGGACCAGAAAAUCAUGCUGAGUCCCUUCAAGUCAAGAGACUGGGUACAAGACAUUAAAUUUGUGAGAGAGCACAAUCCCCCAGCUGUAUUAGACAGACCUGCCUGGGACCCUUGUGAUUAUUUAGGGAUAUGUACAACUCACAGCGAGUGCACCAGAACUUUUGUUAAUCCAAGGAGAAGGAAAGCAUUGGCUAGAGCUGUGCCAUCCCAGCCCAGACCCGAGUGGCCCUCUGAGGAGGAAAGUGAGGUGGUGCAUGCAUCAGCAAGCCCCAGAAGACAGCCCCAUGGCUUGGAAAGUCUUGAGGAAUCGGAGACUAUGAAAGGUUGUCAGGAGAGCCAUGUUCCCAAACACGUAAGUAGUUUUUACCCAGAGAAGCCAAAAGUUCAAGGCAGCGUUAAAGAAAUGACUAUGCAAAGAGGAGAGAGCCUACACGAGCAAUACAGAAUGGUCUCAUCGACUCAGAAAUUUCUUAGUCCACGCCAACGUUGUAUGGGCACGUUUUUCAGCCAGGAGACAGGCUCAUUGCUGAGUCAGCCAGACUCAUCUAUGGCUCCCCAUGGAGACCUGAGUAACACCUUGCCCUUGAAUUCCCCAAGACUGCCAAGAAGCUAUCUUCAUGCGCCUGAUACUAUAGGCAUCUCUUCAGUUGACUAUGUGCUGGAUCCUACAGUGUUGAAAAUGCCUAACAGUCUCUGGGUAACUGAAGCAGGGUGUCAGGGCCAGAGUGGAGUGCCCAGAAGCCACAGCCCUCAGGGAAAUGUGCAAGAGGCGUCCUCCAGGGCGCACACUGCUUGCUGUGGGUCUGCAGUCUUCAUGGCCAUGGGACCUUGGGAUCAAUCUGGUGCACCAGAGACCACUCCCCUGGGGACUGAGAGCAGGAGAUCAGCAAGCAGCAGUCCCCCAGACCUGGGAGGGGGCCCCAGAAGCACCUCGAUGGGCUUGAGUACCAGGGUGGAUUCUGCUUCUGAAGCCAAGGUGGCUGUACAAAAAGGAGCAAAAAGAGCCAGUCCCCUUAACUGGGUCUCUAGCCCACUUAAAAAGACGGUCAACUGUCCCUUAGAAGAGGGUAACAACCAGUGCAGGGAGGUGAGGCAGAAGGCAGAGGCGGCGGCCGAGGACCUUAGUCCUACCGGUGCUACUUUCUCAGCAGCCGUGUCCCUGGAGACACACCCUGAGCUCUCUGCACAUACAUCCACGGGCUUAGCUGUGCUGGAGGAAAUCAGAGAGACAAAGGCCCACGGAGAACAGCUUCAUGACUUGGUGACUGAGGGCACAGUCUGUCCUUACUAUGAGACUUUAUUAGAGCCUGCAUGUUCUUCAAGGGCCCCGGAUAGGCCUCAGCGUCAAACGGACCAGCCAGUGUCAGACAGGAUCGGGAAUGAGGGGACCGAUAAGAGGAAAGCCCUUAAGACCACAUCUCUCUCUGCAGACAGCUUUCAGCCUCUGCCCAACACUGAAGGUAACAAAGGGCCACGCCAGCCCUCACAGACUUGGUCCCACACUGACCCUGCUCUAGGCAAAAGCCAUUAUCCUGGAAAACUAAGGCCUUUUCUGAGAGCAGAUGAGCAGUGUAUAUGUUAUUCUGGCCCAUUUGAAAUCAUGGAGAAAAAGCAAGAAGCACUUAGAAUUUCUGCUGAUCCUGUAGGCCCGGACAGUCUUCCUUCUUCAGCUAUAGAGGAAGCCAGGAGGGUAACAGCAGGGAAAGUAGGGGCUGCCUUAUCUUCUCAGGAACCUUCUGACAGUCCCGGAGUGAGUCAGCAUGGGAAGAGCCAGUCAGUUCCCUGGGAGAUGGCAGAGGGCAUGACCCCUGGCAGUCAGGAGAGCAACCAGGCACACCAAGAACCUAGAACGCUACACACCACAUAUGGAGGAGAGGCAGGUAACUUCACCGUGGCUGCACAGGGAGGAAAAACAACCGGUUUUGAAAGUCAGCCUGUGAUCUGUAAUGUUCAGAAUUCUGCCAGUCUCUCAGGGGCUAACCAAGACCAUGUCCAAGACCUCGAGGCUUCCAAUGGCUCAGAAGAAGGGAGGGCACAGCCCAAACGAAGUAGCGUCCUGCCUGGAACCCUGAGAAGAGCUGAGCUGGCAGCCGCCUCCCAGCAGUGUGUGAAGAUGGGGAGUGUUGGUUCUGGGCUGGCAGAAGCCUGCAGGGCUGGCAGCAAACACCCGGAGCCGGCUCCAUGGCCAGAUCAAAGACCUCACCCAGAUCCUGGGGGAGUGAGGGAGGAGGCCCUGUGCAGAUGUUCACAGGAAACUUCAGAUUGUGUUGUCUUCUCAGGGAGCACUGAAGGCAGAAAGACUCUCAGCCCAUCUGGGGGGCAGGAAGGCAGCAGAACUCUUCCUUGUCAACAGCCGUGCAACCCUCAAGCCAUUGCUGCUUAUGCCUGCUCCUCCCCUUCCUCCACUUCACUGUGUUACAGAGAUGGUGACCUGGGGAAGGCUGCCCCACAAACUCUCCACCCAGCCUGCAAAGUAUCUUGCAGGGCCUGUGGAAUGGAUGAGAGAGGAGAGAGCUAUUCCAGUGACCCUGAUGUGUUCUUGACACAUGGCCUUGAGCCCGAAGGCAUUCAUUUGAAAUUUGGGCCACCAGACAGCAGCACUCUGGAGCGCUCUGCCACCGCUUCUGUCCUCUCUCUGGCUCAAGGCUGCAGCUCCCCUUCUGCCCCUGACAUGAAGGCAGGUUCCCUCAGCCCCUCGGUUGCUGCAGGGGAUCCUGAGGAAAAGGUUGCCAAGAAGACAGCUCGUGCAGAGCUUGAGGCUGCCCCUUUUCCUGAAGGCGGGUGCUCUGAGCCACUGGAGAAGUUUCAGGACAGCUCAGUAGGUGGCCAGAAUGCACAGGAGUCUCAAACCAAGCCAGAGCUACCUGCAACAGCCAGGAGACAGCACACCCUGAAUUUAAGUGAAGGGUCUAUUGAGAGUGAGCUGCUGGUGGAACCACAGCAUGGAUGUUUAGAAAAUGCUGUCAGAUGCCUUCCAGAAAAGCCACAAUUUUCCACCGAGUCCAGGGAUCACAGUAGCUUGGAUCCCCAAGCCAAAUUUGCAGCCAAGUUAAAGCACAUCUCCCGUCCCCAGGUUGGCAGUCCCUGGGAGGAGAAAAAGCAGCAGAGAGAGCAGGCUUCGGGCGGUGGUGAAGGCCCCGCCCAGCGCAUGCAUCCCCCACGCUCCAACGAAGGUGACUUGGAUGGCUUUGAGAUGAGAGAUGCAGGUGGAGAGGAGGGGGCUGCAGCUAAGGCCUCUGUGCCCCAGAUGUUCUCACUGGGCUUUAAAGACUCAGCCAGGGACCCUGUGGUGCCUGCUGCUCAGAACCCUGGCCAGCCCUCUUCUGGAAGGGAGCAGCCGGCUCUCCCCCACAGGCGCUCACUUCCUGUCAUUGCCGUUUUCUCUGGCCCUAGACACUCAAGGUCCUCCCCCCAGCCACAGUUCUCUGUGAUCAGCUCUUCCCGGUCUCUUCAGGAGCUGAAUUUGAGUGUGGAACCUCCUUCCCCCACAGAUGAAGAGACACAGGGGCCUAACAAAUUGUGGAACCCACAUCCUAGGGGCCACUCCUUAGAAAAGUCAGCAGUGGGGACAUCUCUGGAAGCUGAGGGCUGUGAUCAGAAAGCCUCAUCUAAUGUGAACAGUAGCUCUGCUGAUCACAGGCCCCUUCAACCUGCCAGCCCUCCUUACCCAACGCCUUCAGCUCCCUUGUGCAUGCCGACCCCCUGCUUCAUGACCUGCUGGAUGCCUGGUACAGUGGAACCGACCCAGCAGGGAAAGCCACGGAGCUGGGGUGGCCAGGCGAGGCCAGAAAAGUGGCUUUCUGAGGCAGACAGAGGAGCAUUGCACUUUAGCUCCAGUGACAUCAAUCCCUACGUUCUGCCCUGCCCUCCAGCGGGUCCUGCACCCAUUGGCUGGAAGCAGUAUGUGUUUGGCAAUACAGUCGAUGUCUCCUGUAGCCAGUCACCCCAGGGCCUGGUACCAUCAAAAAUGGCCGGGUGUUCCUGCAUGGACAACGGCCUAGAAGACCAGAACUCCUCAUUCCACAACCACCUCAGCACAUGUGCCAAUCCCCGAGGUUCACAGGGGGCCUGGGAAGUAUGGGAUUCUUCGCUCGCCUUGGGGAACCCCCACAUCCUGAAGGGCCCUGACGGAGCAGCCCCCGCUAAGCGUCCUGAUGAGAGAGCCCAGUUCCAGGCCCCCCCUGCUGAAGCAGGCCCUCUGAGGAGUGAGUCCCCCUGGACUGAAGGAAGUGCUACAGGCCCAGUGGAUGAGAUGCUGCUGCUGUGUCCAUCAGAGGCGGGCAGCCCUGGGGGACAGUCCAGGAUGAACACCUUGGAGCAGGGCACACAGACCUUGGGCUGCAGGCUCCACUGGAGCCACACGGACAUCGCCUCUGCCCAUUUGGAAGCCAGCACAGUGCCGGUCUCUGAUCUGGCCUCCUGGGCCAGCAUGCACAGCCUGUCUGCCCACCUCUCGCAGCUCCUACACAGCACCUCGGAGCUGCUGGGGAGCCUCUCGCAGCCAGGUGUUGCUGAAAAGCAGCAAAACACCAAGAGGGAGAGCCCAGAUGAGGCACCUCAGACCCUCAUGAUGGAUGGCUGUACUCAGACCACCAUGGAUGAGGGCAUCCAGACUGACCUGGCCUCCCCACCUCUGCACCUCCAGGCCCCAGAGGCCAGCCCUCAGGAGGUCAGUGUGGUCCCUGAAGUGCUGGGCUCAGGUAUCUCCACCACGUCUCAAGAAAAGGGACAUGACCGGGGGACAGUUCAGAAGAGAGAGGCGGAGGGAAAAGCAUGGGAAACAACUCGGCCCCCAGAUCUUCAGGAAGAAAGCCCCCUCUGCCGGCCCCAGAGCCCUGCAGUGCCCUCAUCCCAUCUGAGGGUUCAGAAAGCCCCACUUGGGCAGAACCUCCCUUUUGUGAGCCCCCAAGCUUCUCCCGAUGCUGCCCAGCCACCCGGCACCCAGCCCAGUGAACCCUCCUGCCUGGCUGUCAGCAGCCCCAGCCUUAGCCUCCCUCAUUCCCCAAGACCCUGCCCCAAUGCUGCGGAGUCUGUCAGGGAACCCAGGGUCCCGAAGAAGUUGCGCCCCACAAGUGCCUUGUUGGUGGACAGGGCCUCUUCCCCGAUACUCGCACUUAGUGCCAGCCCUCAAGGGUCAGAGCUCCCCAUAGGCUCUCUGUCUCUCUCCACCCCCUUAGCACACCCUCUUGAAGGCCAUCAGAAGCUUGUCCCCAGCCCAGACCUUCCCCUCGACUUCCCCAAGCCUCCAAUGGAUAAUUAUUCUCAAACCAUUGACGAGGCAGGCAGCCCACAGCACAGCUCAAAAACCCAAGUUUGUUUCCUAGAGCAGCCCCAUCAGCAGCUUCAGCCCCAGUCCCCCUCCUGGGUCCAGAGCAGACUGCCGCCUCUGCUGCUGAAGAGCAGGAGUCCGAUACUGGCCGAGGGCUUGGUCCCCGAGGACAUGGCUCCCCUGGAGUGUGGCCCACUUUGCAGUAGCGGGCCAAAUAAAUGGCAGAGCAGGACAGAAAAUGGGGGUGAGAGUUCAGCAUCUGCAGUGGAGCCACAACCCACUGCCAACAAUCCCUCUUCGGGGGAAGGCUGGCAGCACCUCAGUCCCUGCCCUGUAUCUGAGUUGACUGAUAAAACAAGGCUCCAGGGUUCUACCUCUGGCCCAACCAAGACCUGCCAACCUCAGGGGCUGCUGCGCCCCAGUUCCCAGACAUGCAUGGCUCCUGAGCCCCAGCAUCACAGCCUGAGGGACCUCCCGGUGCAUAACAAAUUUAGGAAUUGGUGUGGGGUUCAGGAUGGCUCUCGUGGGGAGCUGGGAGUGACGGGGUUGCUGGGACCCAGACAUGUCAGCACUGAAGAGCAGGGACAGCAUCCCUCACAGCCUCCGGGCGCCCAGAGCCAGGACCCUGCGCGCUCCCUGAAGGAGCAGAUGCCCCUGCAAGUUGGGGCCCAGAACCUGCCUCUCAGCACGGAACUCGCAGAAGCGAAGCUGCACCACGGCUUUGGGAAGUCAGAUGCCCUGCUCGAGGUGCUGCAGAGCGGGACAGGGGAGGCACUCGCUGCCCGGGAACCUGUGCUGUCCACCUGGGAGGAGCUCCAUGCCCGGCAAAAACAAACCAUUGAGUGCCUCCGGAGACAGCGGGCUGAGCGACUUCAGAACUUCCGCCGGACACGAAGCCUCAGCCCCCAGAAACAACUUAGCUUCCUGCCUAACAGGGACCUCCCCGCCCAUAACCUUGACUUACCCAGCAGGCGCCGAGAAUACCUGCAGCAACUGAGGAAGGAUGUUGUGGAGACAACCAGGAACCCAGGGUCAGCGUCAAGGUCUGCUCAGCCACCCUCUGACAUAGAGCUGAUGCUAAAAGAAUACCAGCGGGCUCGUGAGGAGGCCAAGGUGGUGAUCGCCCGGGCCCGGGACCGACUGCGGGAGCAAACGGAACAAGAGAAGCUGAGAAUCCGCCAGCAGAUCAUCUCCCAGCUGCUGAGGGAAGAGGAAAAACUACACACCCUGGCCGCCUCCAGCUCCCUGUGCACCAGCUCCAAUGGAAGCCUCUCCUCUGUUGUCACUUCUGGCUACAACAGCAGCCCGGCCUUGUCAGGCCAGCUCCAGUCCCCAGGCAGUGUGGGGGAGACCAACCUGCCUGAUCCUGGAGACGCUUGGGUAGGGGAUGUGCGGGGCCGCUCUGCAGUGAGGAACAGUCAGCUGAACUUGGCUGGAUCUGCCUGGAAGAGCUGGGUCUACAGUCGCAGAGCCUCGCUGGGCAGUUGCUGCUGCUCUUCGUCCAGUGUGUCCAGCCUGGGGAGCUGCUUCUCCUCCUCCUACCAGGACUUGGCCAAGCGCAUUGUGGACAUCUGUCUGGCUGAUGUGAUGGCUGCUUCCUCAGGUGAUCUGCACAAUCUCUUCAGUCGCCAGGCAGCAGCCGGCUGGAACUAUCAGGGUGAGGAGCAGGAGGUGCAGUUCUACAACAAGGUGUUCUCCUCUACUCGGCAUGGCUUCCUGGGGGCCGGGGUGGUGUCCCAGCCGCUGUCUCAUGUGUGGGCAACGGUGAGUGACCCCACCCUGUGGCCCCUGUACCACAAGCCCAUCCAGACAGCGAGGCUGCACCAGCGAGUGACCGACAACAUCCACCUGGUGUACUUGGUGUGCAAUCCGGCCCUGUGUGCGCUGAAGCAGCCGCGAGAUUUCUGUUGCGUCUGCGUGGAAGCCAAAGAGGGGCAUCUUUCUAUCAUGGCAGCUCAGUCUGUAUAUGACACAUCCAUGCCGAGACCCAGCAGAGAGAUGGUCCGAGGGGAGAUCCUGCCCAGCGCCUGGAUCCUGCAGCCCCUCACCGUGGAAGGCAAGGAGGUCACCAGAGUCAUCUACUUGGCCCAGAUAGAACUUGGUGCUCCAGGUUUCCCCCCUCAUGUCUUAAGCUCCUUCAUCAAACAGCAGCCACUGGUCAUAGCCAGACUGGCUUCCUUCCUUGGUAGUUAGCGCCUCACUGUCGAGAUGGUGCUGCUAAGAUUCAGGCCCAGGACGCUCCGGUCUCUGGGGCAGCGCUUGUUCCUCUCUGCACCGAGGCAGGAAGAGCUGAGGCUACCGGCUGUGGCCACUGGGAAGACAGCACUGAGCCCCGAGUUGCCAGGGAGACCCAGUCAGUACUUGGUCACCGCUGGCAGCUCUCUAAGCAAAGGGCCUGAACUCCUGACCCUGGCUGUCCAGAGCAAUGAAGCCCAAGUUGGAGUUUUCACCUUUCUUUCCUGUCUCUGAGACCCUAUGGCAGACAAGCCGCUCCAGGACCAGGAUUGGACAUAGGCAGCGGAGCUGGGAGACGGUGUGCUCUUGAUGGUGCUUCCCUGGUUUGGCCCAGCCCUUGGGCUGGUAGGGAGGCAGCUGUCGGCUAAGAUUCUGCUCAGACAUCGGCCUCCAGCAUUCAGUUCCACUGUGAGAUGGACUGUUACCAAAACAGAAAACUGGUUUUAAAAAAAACAGCUGCACAAACCAGAACAGUGAUUCAGAAUCGUUUCUCCUUGAAUUUUUAUCAAAUGCUUUAUUAUUAAUUUUUACUCCCCACCCCCCCACUCUCUUUACAGGAGAGGACACUUGGGUCUUUGCCUCAGUCAGAAGUACUGAGCAAUGCUCUCUCAUGGAGCCUCAUUCCAGAGCUCAGUAGAAUGAGACCACUCACUGUAGAAGCCAUCUGGACAGAUCUGGGAUCAAAGUGGGGGCCUAUCUCUUUAAGGGAGUUAGGAAGUGGGCAGCCAGAUGCUGGCUGCUGACAAGGCAAGAGAAAUUUCAGAGAUGAAAAACUAUCUUUUGAAGAUGGGAGAGAACUUAGUGGAACUCCUAGAGGAAAUAAGUGAUUUGUUAGAAGGAAGCUCAGUUCCAUUCCUUAAGGCCUCAGAGCCUGGGUCUGUCUUCAGUGGUCUUGUUAGCAUUUCAUGCUGCUGCUGCAGCCACACCUAUUCUAGGAUGAAUGAGAAUGGGUUUUCUUUUGCCCUAGCCUGGCAGACCAUGAGGUUUUGAAUAGUCUGUGUGGUUACAUGGAAGUGGCAGGGGUGGGAGAGAUUCCCAGCUUUAGUACUGAUGCCCAGAAGGUAACCAUCUGGGGAUCAAGAUGUGGUAAAAAGGUAAAAUUUCUGUAGAGUACAGCAGAGGUUUAUUUUUCUAAAAGUGUUUGCAGGAUUUUUUUCCUCUUACCUCAAAUUAAGUUAUUUACAUAUUAUUGAAUGUUUUUUUAAAUUGUCUUUAAACUUAUUUUUCUGGGUUUUUGUUUUGGUGACACUUGAUAUAUUUAACACCCUAUUUAUGUACUCCCAUCCCUUUUCAUAUAAAUCUCUUACCAAGACUGUUGACUGGUCAGAACACUUGCAAAUUAAAAGUCUGAUAUGUACUUUUAUUAGUAAAGAUUGUCCUGAGAUAGCCUAAGUGUGUCCCUUGAGCUCAGAAUUUAGCCUUGAGAUAAUGGCAAUAAUUUUCAAGUUAUCCUAUAUAAUAAAAGUGUGAUAUGCAAAUCAA